AUGGCGAUGUAUGUUCUCUACGAAUCAUCCUCCGGCUACGCCCUGUUCGACGUGCAUGGCCUCAAUGAGAUCGGUCAGAACGUUGAGGCUGUUCAAAGCUCAGUUUCCGACCUUGCUCAGUUCCGUCAGGUCGUCAAGCUAACUGCUUUUCACCCUUGGCAGACUGCACAAGAUGCUCUAAACCAAAUCAACGCCGUCUCUGAAGGGUUUAUGAGUGAGGAACUUAGAAGCUUUCUUGACCUAAAUUUCCCUAAAGUGGAAGAAGGCGUAGAGCCCAAGUUUAGCUUAGGAGUAUCUGAGCCAAGACUCGGUUCUUCCAUAUUUGAGGCUACUAAGAUUCCUUGUCAGAGCAAUGAGUUUGUCCAAGAGCUUCUUAGAGGCGUUCGUCAGCACUUUGAUAGUUUCAUCAAUGACUUCAAGCCUGGUGGUCUUGAGAAAGCUCAACAUGGAUUAGCUCAUAGCUACAGUAGAGCAAAGGUCAAGUACAAUGUGAACAGAGAGGAUCAUAUGGUUAUUCAAACUAUUUCCUUGCUUGACACGCUUGAUAAAGAUAUCAACUCCUAUGCUAUGAGAACCAGAGAGUGGUACUCACCGCACUUCCCUGAGCUAGACAAGAUAGUUAAUGACAAUUACAUGUAUGCACAAGCUUCAAAGAUUAUAGAGGACAAGUCAAAGUUGUCUGAAGAGCAUGUUCCAGUGCUUACUGAAGUCCUUGGUGGGGAUGAAGAUAAAGCAAGAGAGGUUGUUGAGGCUGGACAAGCAUCUAUGGGCCUGGACUUAUCACCGCUAGAUUUGUUACAUGCCCAGACCUUUGCUCAGGGAGUUAUAGACCUAACCGAUUACAGAAAGAAGCUGUAUGACUACCUUGUUGUUAAGGUGAAGGACGUUGCUCCAAACUUGGCUGCAUUGAUUGGUGAGACGGUUGCAGCCAGGUUGAUUUCACACGCGGGGAGUCUUAUAAAUCUUGCAAAGCACCCAUCUUCAACUCUACAGAUUCUUGGAGCAGAGAGGGCUCUUUUCAGGGCGUUGAGAACAGGUGGAAAGACACCAAAGCACGGUCUGAUAUUCCACUCUUCAUUCAUUGGUAGAGCAUCUGCUAGAAACAAGGGACGUAUGGCUCGUUGUCUAGCUGGCAAGUGUUCUAUUGCUGCCAGGGUUGACUAUUUUGGUGAUAGUAGCAGUGCAGAUUUUGGUGAGAAACUUCGUGGACAAGUAGAGGAAAGGCUAGACUCUUUACAUAAUGUCUAUGCAAUGGAAGAGGUUUUAGAAGAUGAAGAGAUAGUUGAUGCCUCUGGAGAGGAAAUAGACGAAGAAGAAGCAGCAGCUGAUGAUGAUGAAUGA